GGCCCGGGCGCUGUCUAUGAUCGAUCACGUCAUUGAUCCGAUGGUUUUUUGUCCUUCGAUUCCACUGCCAUCUCAACUCGCCGGCUGUGAUGCUGUUCUGUCCAACCUGUGCGAAUCUCUUGGUAAUUUCUUCGGAAAAAGGGUAUAAUAAAUGGGCAUGCAAUACUUGCCCAUACGAGUUCCCAAUAACGAAGCAGAUGACUUCAAGGACAAGGCUAAAACGAAAAGAAAUCGACGACGUUCUUGGGGGAGAUCAAGCUUGGGAACAUGCAGAUGCAACACAAGGUGCUUCGUGCGGUAAAUGUAACAACGACAAGGCGUAUUUCUAUCAGCUACAGAUCCGUUCUGCGGAUGAGCCUAUGACUACCUUCUAUCGAUGCACAGCUUGCACGCACCAAUGGAGAGAAAAUUGAUCGAAUAUGUCCAAGGCAUAGCGAUAUCAACAUAUGGAUCGCGAUCCUUGUGAUAUCUGCAUAGCAGGCACUUUAUAUUCACGGCAAGGCUGUUGCCUGGGUCUCGUCUUCAAGUUGAUGCGAAUGUAUCUUCCAGUAUAUCAACUUCUACCAAUUCCUCUAUGCAAAUUAAAUCACUUCUAAAAACGAUGAUGGGCGCGUUCUUUGCAGACCUAGAGUUACCGGGCGGACGCUAGGGAAACGGUUAUGCCUCGUUGGUGCUUGUGUAAUCCGGUUGUAUCUACAGGACAUCAAAGUGAAGAAUAAUAUAUACUCGCGCGGAUCCUCACUGCAUCCUGUUGAUCGAGGCCUGCCCAAGUAAAUGUAUACUUUGGAUUCACAUUUUCAG